AUGGCACAAAGCAUCACAUUAUACUGCUCGGAAAGGAAACGUCCAUGGGUUCAUGCAGAUGUACAUCGCGAAGACCCUGACGAUGAAACACCACUCCUUCAAGCUGCUGUAAGGGGAGGGUGCAUACCUAUUAUCGAGCAUGUACUGCAAAAUGGAUUGCCACUCAAUUUCCCCGACGGUGCACACACAACAAUUCUUUUGAAGGAAGCUAUACGUGCCGAACAAUGGGGCGCUGUGCGUCUGUUGGUAGAGCGCGGCGCCAAUGUCAAUGCCACGCCCCCAGAGCCUCCAGAGGGCAAAGCUGAGGUUCACUGGAAAGGAAAGCGCAAGUUUGGGUGGCCGCCGCGAAUAAUCUACAAGAGCCCCCUCGCCACGGCAGCAGAGUCCGGCAACCCGGAUCUUUGGUCAUAUCUGAUCAAGUGCGGCGCAGCCUUUACGAUGGUGACUUCGACCAAGGUGUGCACGCCUCUGCAAACAGUAUUGCACGUGGCGCAGGUGGCUAGAGCGGGGCCUGUGUGGGCGUUGGCCACUGCCAACAGAUGGGAUGAGAAUAGAAUUGACCGUUUGUUGAUGCGGCUGGAAAUUGGUGUGGGUGAAGCAGCGAGUAGCGAGACUUCAUAG